AUACAAAUAUCAACAUCAAAAGACAUAUUUUCCGUUUUUAUAUAUUUUUAUUUUCAGUCAUGAACAUGUCGUUGCUGGUGAUGUCAGUGAAUAAUAAAGGCUGUAUCAAUAUUAAAUUAGUAUGUAACUCCAUUAACGCUUCCAGCGAGUCGUUCUCUGAUUGCUGGUUAUAUUCGCCAUAGCAACGAGUCAGCGCUUUACGUGACGUAUUUAUGCUGCGACGCGCGUUUGCCACGUCACCUGCAGGGGACUCGUGCGUUUGUUUUGCCAGCUGUCUUCCUUUUAGCUGUCAGCUCUGAUGCGUCUUUAGACGGGCUGACAAUUAAAAUUCAAAAAAAUGUCGAGCGCGGAGGACUUCACGCUCUUUCCGGUCAACGUGUGGGAGAAAGUAGUGCUGUCGAAGGUGAAGAAAGCCGUUGUUUUCAUGGACGACCGGUGCGCGGAGGCUCUGCACUGGUGCGGAGGCGCUGCCCGCUUACUGGAGGCUGGAGCCCGGAACUUAAAGGAGUUCUCCAGCUUCGAAGCGUGCGGGGAGAACGAACCGAAGGCCGUGUUCGUGGUGAGCACUUUGCUGAAGGGUCGCACGGUGGACACCAUCAAAGACAUCGUGUCGCUCAGUCACUUCCGGUACUGCGUCGUCUUCACCGCCGUCUCUCACUCGGUGCACCUGUUCGCCAACGGCGUCGCCGCGGAACCGGACGGCAGCCCCGUGUUCGAGCAGUUCGAGGAGAAGCUGUGCGAAUGGAUGGGCAACAUGAACUACACGGCGGAGGUCGCGCAUGCGCCGUUGGUGUUCGCCCCGGUCUCGCACAAGCAGCUCCUCCUCGCGCCAGCCUUCGCGCACCUGUUCCCUUUGCUCGCACCUGACCUGGAGGUCAUCAACGCGAAACGACCGGAGAAGAAGAAGUUCGGCAGCCUGGUCGACGUAGACGUGCACGCGCUCCCCGUGGAGCUGCAGUUGGAGAUCAAAUCCUUGGCUUCGGCGCUGAGUUCGCUGUUCGAGGCGACGAACACCAGGGAGGAGAGCUUCGCUGUGGGUCCAAUGAGCCGCAUCAUAGCGGGCGAACUGGCCAGUCACCCUCAAUCGAAGAACAGGAGGAAGACAGCCCAGAAUAAAGCAUCCAUCAUCUUUGUGGACCGAACAAUGGAUCUUACAGGAGCUGUUGGUCAUCAUGGCGACAACCUGGUGGAGAAGAUUCUGACUGUGCUCAAACCUUUACCUGGUCAUGUGACGGACGUCCAGGUGGACAUGCUGGCGCUCACGAGCCUGCAGCGAACCCCUCACUCCCAGACCACCGUGGCCCCCGGCUGCCUCGCUCAGACCCAGUCACCAGCAGCUCAGUCGCUGUGGGAGAACAUGCUGACCAGUAAGCACAAAGAGGGGGUGAUGGAGGUCCAACGGCAGCUGGUGGAGGCGGCCAGCAAGGAGAAGCUGCCCAUCAAGAUGAGCAUGGGACGUGUGACCCCCGAGCAGCUGUGCUCCUACAUGCAGCUGUUCCGGAGCAGUUGGGGGGCGCUAGAGAGUCACUGUGGGGUGCUCCAGCUGGGCCUGGCAACGGCCCAGACGCUCCUCCACCGCGGCCUGCCCCGCUGGGACACCUGCCUGGCCUUCGAGAGGCUGCUGCUGCAGGCUCUCGGAGACUCUGACUUCCCCGCUGUGCUGAGGCAGCUGCUGCCCUUGAUGAAGCCCCGUGGAGUCGAGGACAGCUCUGGGUCGAGGUCCGGGGAGGAUGACUGCGGGCCGGAUGAGCUGAUCCUCCUGCUGGUCUACCUGUACUCCCUGGCUGACGAGGCCCAGCCCGUGGACCACGAUGCCGAGGAGGAGCUGGAGAAGCUUGAGAUGGAGCUGAUUGGAGCGCUCACGCUGGUUGUCACCCGGGAGACCGAACUCAGCCCUCUGCUCCAGAAAGUCACCGGUUGUGCGAACCCCGAGGAGCUGACCACGGAGCGAGCCCAUUCCGCUGUGGGCGAGAUGUUCAAGACCCUCCGAGGUCUGAGCCACACCAGGGACCACCUGAAGCAGCUGCGCUCCAUCUACAUGGCCAGCGACGGAGUUCACCAGGCCACCUAUCGUCCUUUCCUGCGGCAGAUCCUGGAGGAAGUCUUCCACCCCGACAGACCCGAGUGUCCCGACAUCGAGCACACGUCCGGAGGCCUCACCGACCUGUUAAAGACCGGCUUCAGCAUGUUCAUGAAGGUGAGUCGUCCUCAUCCCAGCGACAACCCUCUGCUCCUCCUCUUCCUGGUGGGUGGAGUCACGCCUUCAGAGCUCCGUCUCAUCAGAGACAUCGUCACAACGCGCAAACCGGGAACUCAGGUGCUGGUUCUGUCCACCAGGUUACUGCGGCCGACGGACGUCCCCGAGCUGCUCUUCACCACCCGGAGACUGCGUCCUGGUGUCGACUAAAACAAACAAAAACGGGCGUCACGCGGAGAUGCACGUGGAAGGAGGACACGUGUGUUGCAAACGUCUCGACACCUCGCCGGGUUAAUGAGAACCACCGUCGAACAUUCCCAUCCUGUUCAUGUCAUGUUUAGUUCCUACAGGUCCGUGGGGACCGGGAACAAGAAACGCGUGUGCGUGCGUGCGUGCGCGUGCGUGCGUGCGCGUGCGUGCGUGCGCGUGCGUGCGUGUGCGUGCGUGCGAAUACACACUCUCCGUUAGUGUCCGUUCACACCUCAGCAGAAUAAUGAAGUCCUUUCACAGCGUCUACUUAAGGCCGAUCAUUUGCUGACAGGUGGAGCUCCUCUCUCUCUUUAUUCUCUCCAACACGGAGAGAUUCGACCCGACUACGAUCACCAGAGUCUCCCUCGCGUGUCGUCAAUCAGAGGGCCGGUAAUAAUGAGGUUCUGGAAUGUAAAUAAACAGAUCUCUGACAAAAACACACAUAAUUAUUAUUAUUAUGAUUUGUCUCCUCGUCUUCUGGGAGCUCCGGUUCUCAGAAGAGUCUCGUAAUAAAAAGCUAACAUGAACUCUCCAGCUGGUUUUUUUCGGUCUGUUCAGUCGUCUUCUGUCGUCUCACUGAAGCGUUGGUAAAGGAACGGCUUCAUGCUUUUCAUCAGACGACUUCUUCUGUGCGAGUCGUCCGUCAUCACAGCAGCGCUGACGACGCUCCUCAUUGUGCUACGAAGCCGCCUGAAGGACGUCGGACAAAGAGGGGGAUUCAAAUGAACCGUCUGGAAUUUAAAAAGCAAAACACUUCAAACCCUCUGAAAGCCUCAGAGAACUGCAUUUUAGGAUGGUCUCUCAAACCACGAGACAUCUAUUUGUCCCUUGCGAUUGUCCCUAAAAUGUCUCUUAAAAGCAUUUUUCAUUAUUAAAACUGCAAAACUGUUAUUCACAAAUAUGAAGAGGGAGGUCGAGAGACGAUUUUAAACCAUAAACGACAACCAGCCAGAGACGAGGCGAGUCUGUCCUCGGUUCUCUUUGUGGACCUAACUGGAGCCCUCGAUGCCAGCAUCAGGGACAGGGACAGGAUGCUGAUGUCUCCCGUCUCCACAUCGACCUGAUCCAGAAACAGAUCCGUCUUCCCGUUGAAGUGUACUUUCUAUCAGUCCUGGAUUAUGCUGAAAUAAUCUGCAGACGUUCUGCUUCCUCCCUCAAACCUCUGGACUCAGUUCAUCGGUCUGCUCUCAGUAACCGGAGGUCCCUGUGACACUCAGUGUUCUGUGUAAUAACGUUGGUCACACCACACCUGCAUCUCUUAAUCCAUAAAUCCCUCAUCGGACAUUCACCACCUUGUAUGACGUCCAUGUUGGACUGGACCGACCUCACUCUGUCUUCAGUCAACGAGAUACACAAAGGAGUUUGUUUGUCGCAUUUCUCCGUCGCAAACAAAAAGUAAAGAAUCUAAAAGAUAAGUAAAAAACACCAUAAACUGAGCACAAUGACGAGGGAUGAGAUUAUCUGUAAACUCAUCUCAUGUUCAUAAACUACUUUAUUACCUUCAUAGAAACCCUGUAAAGAAAGAA